AUGACCUCUAUAAACCAUGACUAUAACUUGUGCCCUGUCACCCUUCUCUUCCCCUCUUCCACCUCUUGCCACUGCGCUGACCAUGUGCCGCCUAGGGAGCUUGGCAAGGAAUUUGGUAAAAUUUUGAACCUUAAAAAUACCUUAAAAAACAAUCCUACUAACAUCCUUACUAACCUCUGUACUGGCCUCGAAAAAUUUCUCGGCUUCAACUCUGACUCCAAAGGCUACGACGGCACUGGUAUUGUCUACUCUGACCUGGAUAGGCUGUGUGACGGGGUGAUGGGAUUUUUGAGUGGUGUGCUUGAAGCAGUUAAAAACGAAAAUGAAGUGACAACUUAUGAUAAUUACAUCACUGGAGACAAUAAAAAACUCAAAGAUGUACUAGACUUGUUAAAUAAUAAUAUUGGCUCCGGGCGUACUGGACUUGUGGCGUCUGUCGGCGCGGUGAAGGGGUGGUUGGGGGGGUAUGAAGAGAAAGUAAAUGAACAAAUUGAAAAAUUCAAAGAACCAAUGGAAACCAUGAAAAUUGACAUGAACAAAUAUGAUAAGAAAUUCGAAACCUUAAAAAAUGAAUCCCUACAGCACCAACAUGAUAAGUGGCGUAACCUUACUAGGCUGUACCUACAAAAUGCUCAGCAAGCCGAUGAGGCGAGAAAAACAUUGGACUCAGCGCUCUGUAAAAAGUUAGAAACGCCGGUAAAAGUGGUGGAAGAGACCGUGAAGGCAUUUUAUGAGACCUCUAUGAAUAGUGCUCUGAUGCAGCAGGCGCAACACGUGGACAAUGAGAUGACAGUUCACCAAGCGCAUAUUGUGAACACGAUAAUUCAGAGAUGCAAUACGCUGAACGACAUAUUACAUAAGGAGUUCACAAAAAUCUUGGAAUCCAUUGGUAGAUUGAGUGACGAAAAAAGGAAACACAUCAACGAUAUCCUUAAUAUCAUUGGUAUAACAAAGGGCACUAUUACAAGCGAAUUUGGUGAGUAUGAAACCAAUUUUAAGAAGAAUAUUUUGACAUUAUUCUCUGAUAUAAGAAAGAAAGUAGAAAGUGCUCACGGUUCGCUACAGCGCAAUAAUGCGGAACUCCAUUCUUUAGUGGACCAGGCGGAGGAGCAUUUCGCGACGUUGAAACAGAAUACUAUCAGUAAUAUUGCUGAAGGGGGUACCGUGGAUAGUAUAGAAAAACAUUGGUUUGAUCUUCAAUUGAAAAUUAGUAGGCUUGUUAAUGGUGUUAAUGGCACAUCGACUGAACCCCCAAAUGCGGGUCUAUCGCAAGUCGUCGACGGCAUUAAGCAAUAUGCUCUUAUGUUUAACGGGGACGGGUUCAAAACAAAAGUGGAGGAGUGGGUAAGGAAAAUUCUUAAGGAAGAGGAGAUUUGUAGCUUACUGAAAACGUAUUACAAGUUCAACAAAAAUGAAGACCAGAAUGGCCAAUCAUAUGCUAAAAAAGGUAAAACGCAGUUUGCGAAUAAUUUCAAUACUGACAUCAAGCAAGUAGAGGAUUUACAUCCUACGAUCAUAGAAGCGAUAAAGACCGAACUUCAGACUAUCAUUGGCCAGGCUAGUGCACUUGUAAAACGGCAUAUGGAAGAUGCGGAAGCUUCGCGCCAUUCAUUACCAAAGAUAAGAAUGUAUGUUAAAGCGCUAAACAGUGGCUGCAACCAAUUUGCGACUGAACUAGGAUAUAAGCUUAAGGACACGGGGUUUGAAAUGUUUUUGGAAGAUAUACUGCAUGCUAUAGGACGCAAAGUUAAGGCAGCGAAUGCGUCCUCAUACAGCCAUUAUACUCUUAAAAGCGUCGUUCACUCGAUCCUCCGACAACUCGUCGAUGUCGCCCGGCAAACUGGCCCCGAAAUCGAGAGAUUCACAGUUAUCUCUCACAUAGAAUACGUGGAAACGGCUAUGAAAAAACUCGAAGAGUUCGGCAAUAAUUUCUAUAAACCCCAACACACUGGAAAUACUAUUGACGCAGCAUUGAAAAGCGUUAGAGAGAAGAUAGCGAAUCUUGAUAAAUUGAUAGUACAAGGAGGCAACGGCUCUAUGAAUGGUAAACUUGCCUCAAUCGCCUCCGUGGUGGAAACGCUGGAGAAAAUCCAACGAGCCGAUGAGACGGGUAAUGUGGAGAUAAAUCAAAAGGCAGCUGAAUAUCAUAUGGAAGUGUUGAAAGGUCAGCUGUUUGAUAGGAUUCGGAACGUAGAAACGAACGUCAAGGACGCCGAGAAGGCAUUAACUGACGCAAUUAUUGGGGUCGAGACCGCUGUUGGCACAGCACACGAUCAUAUCCAAAACGCCGUCAAAGACCUCAAAGUUGAACUACUUCGCGUCACUGAAAACGCUUUCACAUCAAUGGUACGAGAGGUUAAAAGUCUCUUCGCCGAGUCCCACCGCGCCCACCUCGCCGCCCUCCGCUCCCUCGUCGACCGGCAGCUGAAGGCGGUGCAAGACAUAAUCGCGAAGGACAGGGUGACGGGCGUGAAGGGGAUGCUGAAGACGCUGAGUGGUGUUUCGGUUUACGUAAAAUCCAAAAUGCCCGCCAGUUCGUCGGAUACUAACAAUAUGCUCAUUCAACUCAAGAACAAAAUAGAAGAACACAGCGUGAUUAUAAGUCAAGCGUCUCCAUACGUUAAAACAUAUCUACGUACAUAUCUUAUGUAUAUAAUUAGGGACAUCAAAGAAUUGUUAGAAAAGCAGACGUCCCCCAAGGUCGACUACUCUCCCAAGGUAACUGGUAUUCUUGACCAACUUGAAAAAUUAUUCGACCACCUCGAAAAACCAAAAUUAUACGCCUACGAUCACACAUUCGUCGACUUACGCAAUGAUCUUAAUGGCAUUCUUAACGCUUUACAUCCCUCAUCUUUUGCCGACUCCCCCUCCCCCCUCCUCGCCCCCCUCAAGGCCGGCCUCGCCGAAUUCGCCGCGCAACUCGGCCUCGCGUACGUGAACAGGUACUCGGGUAAACAAUUCGAGGGUCAAUUGUGGACAACUAAGCGAGUUACUGAUUCUGAAAAACCCGACAGUCCUCCAAAAACUGUUACCGUUUUAACCCCUGAGGGUCGCAACUGCGCCAAGGUCUGCCUGACGAUAGUGGAGAUACUGGUUGGUGGGUUGACUGACCUAAGCAAGAAAUGUGAACUACAAUGGAGUACUAAAGAAAUACAUCGUAUUAGCGGUCUCGGUACAUUUUUAAGUGAUUGCGGUUACGUUGUUUCCAAUAGGGAUAAGCAGGACGGUGAACUGCAGCGCAGUGACAAGAUGACAGGGAAUCAGAUACGACUGAGACUUAAGGAGAAGAAAUACACUUCGAAUACAGAAGUUAGCCAUCUCCUUGAAUGUGAGACAAAUAAAGAUUCAAAUGGUAAUAAGAUUAAAAGUCUCGAGUUUGAUUUCUUCGACGUUCUCAAGUGCCUCCAUUGCCACCUGGAGACGUACUAUACACUCGGCCACAUGGCAUCUUUCACUGCCAAACGUAAUCCAUGUUCCGUGUACGAGAUGCUUAUUUGGUGCGCUGGUUUGCAUUAUAAUUCGGUUUACGAGAUAUUUGUGCGCGAUGGUUUCACUGGUCUGAUGGAGAAACCGAAGAAGAAGAUAAUACAGGCGAGCGACGACGGAUUGGAAUUGGAUGCUGAAUAUGACGAUUUGACAUCGUACUACGUGGACGUGUUCCCGAGUAAGAUCCGAUAUGGCCACAUAACCGCAGCCGUCGACCAUAUUUGCGCAACAUCGCAUGACGUGCUGACUCGCAUCAUCGGUCACGGCGACGAAUACACAACGUACGGCGUUGACUUCUGCAACAACUCUCUCAAAUUCCGAUAUCCGACGUCGGCUGAGGAAUGCCUUGACAUGUUUCUCGACAUCCUCCGCAGAUUGUUCCCGCCACUCAAAUACCUGGAGGCGCAGUGCAGCACCGCCGCGAGAGAGUACGGGUGGGCAGGUUGCCAUUAUGGCAAAGACGUACAGACGACCAAUUGGCCCUGCAGUGAACACUCAAGCAGCAAAGUAACGUGCCAACCAAAUGAUCAAGCAAAGUGCGAACCAAAUUGCCAACCAAAAUCGCCGUUGAUGUCCUAUCUGAACGAUUGCUUACCUGGCCAUUUACCUCACGUUUUGAGUGACAUUGGCUGCAAAGCGAAAUGUACUACCUGCCCGAGAUCGAUGCCUGGAAUGCCCUGCUUGACCCCUCUCGGAUUCCGAGGUUUCUCUGGGACCAAGCGUGAAGGCAGAGACAUAUGCAACGUGCUGGGCAAAUUCUUCGACAACGGCAACCUAAAGGUACUAUUCAGCUUGCAAGCUAAAACGCCAUCCACGUUACCGGAACAUUUUGGUUUUGCAUUAUCCUUUGUAAAAGGGUGGAAUGAUGACAAAUCGACACGAAGUCAUAGCAUUAAGCAGUCCAUUGAAGCAUCCAUCACCGACCGGUCUAUUAAUCUAUAUGAGCCACCCAGCACGCUCACCGACAAACUACGUGACGCAUAUGGUAGCACGCAUACCAAAUACGGCGAUAAAAAUCAUCUUCAUGCAUACGCUGACUUGUCAAGUCUUGCGAUAGCAAAACCAUGUACCGUUGACGGUGUCAAUUGCGCUCCUUAUCUCUCAUCCCUAUGCAUCGAUUCAUAUCAUCACCUUGCAAAGAAACAAUCCAACACAUACUUGUCAUGGGCCAUCUACCUCCCGUGGACAUUCUGGGAUCUACUCAACAAUCUCUACAACGCCUUCUGCUCCAUCAACUGCCAGGACUGGGGAUGCCGUGGAUGUCUCCGCGGUGAUAAGUGUAAGAAGGGAGAGCAUGGUGUCGUUGAUGAUGAUAAGCCAUCUGCCAUUUGUCAAUGCCCUUCCAUCGUCGACUGCAAAGGCGUCGCACCAACGCUCUACCAAUUUGGUUUCGUCUUUGGGGAAGCGUCGACGUUGAAUGACAAGCAAUCGCCGAAGAAGUGUUCCGAUUUCUGUAGUCAAUUGAAGAAUGUGUUGACAUCUGAAUAUUUUGUAAAGUUGUUUGAGGAGUGUGACAACUUCCUGUGGAAAAUCCGUGAACCGUUCUCCUAUCUUGUUGUAGCGCUCUGGCUCCUCUCUGUCCUGUACCUCAUCCACAUCAUGGUCAUCCGCCUCGACCUCCUCCACAUCAAAUCUCACUUACACUCACCAUCAUCGCAUCGUAUAGCUGCGCAAUCACUACUUGCUGCUGCACGCGUUAACAAGCUUAACAGGGUGUUUUACCUGCAACCAUAA